UCGAGAGUCAUAGUUGACCCGGCUUAACGACUCCUGACCUUCAGUCCAGGGCUGAGUCAGCGGAGCCCCGAGUGGCUUCCCUGGCUGGCACCUGGACGUAGGCUAUUUCCGUUCACGUUCAAGCAGAAUACUGGAACCGAUUGGACAGAACUUCCAAACUUUUGACGUCCAGCAAGAUUCAACCCUGACGCAUUCAUCUCAGGACUGGGAACGGGAAAAGCCGACGCGUGCACUCCUCCCCUCCCCCAAGCGUGCGAGUGGGUACCGUGGGCUAGGCCGCCCACCCGCUGGGGCAGCGAUGGAAACUAGUGACCACCCGCGUUAGUGGAUCUCGGGGGACGGGGAGAACGCAGACCGCAUCAACCGACUCUCCAUCUCCAUCGCCGCCUCUUUCGGAAACCAAGAGAAAAUGGUGGGAGGCGAAAAGAAAACUAAAUAAAAACACACAAGCAACUUGUCCUAGAACCUCAGCUAAGCCAAUGAAGCCUUCUUGCGUGUGCUGAGCCUGCAGUUCCCAAUCUUGUAGGAGAGAUGGGAGGACUGGGCGACAAAGGGCACAGCAGGAAUGCCCCGCAGUGACUGCGACCGCAGCUCCGCUCGCGGCACCGCAGAGGCCUAAAACCUACUCUGCAGCAAGCACCGGCGGCGCCGGGAGCCGCGCACCCUCGCCAGCGACCACGAGCGGUUGUGCGAUCAGAUCGAUCUAAGAUGGCGACUGUGGAACCGGAAACCACCCCUACUACUAAUCCCCCACCUGCGGAAGAGGAAAAAACAGAGUCUAAUCAGGAGGUUGCCAACCCAGAGCACUAUAUCAAACACCCUCUACAGAACAGGUGGGCACUCUGGUUUUUUAAAAAUGAUAAAAGCAAAACUUGGCAAGCAAACCUUCGAUUGAUCUCAAAGUUUGAUACUGUUGAAGACUUUUGGGCUCUAUACAACCAUAUCCAGUUGUCUAGUAAUUUAAUGCCUGGCUGUGACUACUCACUUUUUAAGGAUGGUAUUGAGCCUAUGUGGGAAGAUGAGAAGAACAAACGGGGAGGACGAUGGCUAAUUACAUUGAACAAACAGCAGAGACGAAGUGAUCUUGAUCGCUUUUGGCUAGAGACACUGCUGUGCCUUAUUGGAGAAUCUUUUGAUGACUACAGUGAUGAUGUAUGUGGAGCUGUUGUUAAUGUUAGAGCUAAAGGUGAUAAGAUAGCAAUAUGGACGACUGAGUGUGAAAACAGAGACGCAGUCACACACAUAGGGAGGGUAUACAAGGAAAGGUUAGGACUUCCUCCAAAGAUAGUGAUUGGUUACCAGUCCCACGCAGACACAGCUACGAAGAGCGGCUCCACCACUAAAAAUAGGUUUGUUGUUUAAGAAGACACCUGAGUAUUCUCACAGGAGACUGCGUCACGCAAUCGAGACUGGGAGCUGAACCAAAGCCUCGUCCAAGCAGAGUGGACUGCACUGAAGUUUGAUUCCAUCUUUUGUUGCUAAGAUAUAAGAGAAGUCUCAUUCGCCUUUGUCUUGUACCUCUGUGUUCAUUUCUUACCCACCCCCCAAUUUUUGCUAGUGUGUCCACUAUCCCAAUCAAAGAAUUACAGUAUCCGUCACCCCAAAACUCGCAGAUGUGUUCCUGGCCCGCACUGUAACAGCUGGUUAGAAUUACCAUGAUACACACAUUUGCCUUUCCACAGUAUUCGAAAAAGAACUUGCAUUUCUGUUACCUUAGCAGGAAAAGACCUGUUUCUGUUCCACUCCGUGCAGGAGCGUGUUUUUGCUGGUGAGAGUCUGAGUACAGUUUUCCAGCAACCUCAUUUCCUUUCCCAGCAUUCUCCUUGCUGUCCUCUUGCUGAUGGCUGCUAGAGUUUAAUUUAUUUGCUUCCCUCCUUGAUAACAUUAGUGAUUCUGAUUUCAGUUUUUCAUUUGUUUUGCUUUUGUUUUUUCCGCAUGUAACAUUGGUGAAGGAUCCAGGAAUAUGACAGAAAGGUGGAAUAAACAUUAAAUUUGUGCAUUCUUUGGUAAUUUUUUGUUUUUUUGUAACUACAAAGCUUUGCUACAAAUUUAUGCAUUUCAUUCAAAUCAGUGAUCUAUGUCUGUGUGAUCCCUAAACAUAAUUGUGGACUAUAAAAAUGUAACACCAUAAUUACAUUCCUAUCUAGAAUUAGUAUGUCUGCUUUUGUAUCUUUAUGCUGUACUUUAACACUUUGUAUUACUUAGGUUAUUUUGCUUUGGUUACAAAUGGCUCAAGUAGAAAAGCGGUCCCAUUCAUAUUAAGACAGUGUACAAAACUGUAAAUAAAAUGUGUACAGUGAAUUGUCUUUUAGACAACUAGAUUUGUCCUUUUAUUUCUCCAUCUCUGUAGAAGGAAUCUGUACUUCAUAUUGCCAAGGCAGUCUCUUGUGUCUUCUUAUAGUGUCUUCCCCGUGCACAGCCUAAGUUUGGAGCACUAGUUUAUUAUUAUGUUUACUACAAUUUUUAAUAAAUUGAAUAGGUAGUAUCACAUGUAGUUAAACUGAUGUGGCUAUCUUUUUUAAUAAAGUUAAGGCACAGUUUUCAAUCUUAGGUUAAAUAAUGUACUUUGACUAUGUUAAAAUUCAUGAGAAUUGGGAUUUUGGUGUAUCACCAUUUGAUAAGAACGGUGGCUAGAAAACUAAUUGUUGACUUGGAGAUGUUUUUACUUAAAGACCAGAAAACUAGCUUAAGGAGAGUAUAGGGGAAUGUGUGUUAGGAUCUUAGUGUUAUUAUCUGAAUGAAACAGAAUAAACAAGUAUUAAGAGCUGUUUAUAUUGGUCAAUUGUUGCAGUAUGGUUUUCUGUAAACUUUGAAAUCUUGAUCUAUUCUUUCCUUGUAUCAUUUUCAAGCAAUUGUCUGCAAUACACAAUUGUAUAGUUCAGAUCCUAUGAAAUGAGGCGUGACUAUUGUAGACGCAAGGGUGAGCUGAACUAUGGUAGCAGAAUGAAAAUCACUAGUAGAGAGAGAAAUGCUGUCUUUAAGUGGUUAUUAUGAAAUCAUCCUUUUCACACUGAUGAACUUGAUAAAGAUCCUUCUAAAAUAAAUAUGGAAUCAAUAGCA